AUGGGCUUGGAAAUGCUCCCGGACGAAGUCGUUCUUUCCCUGACCAACCAAUGGCCAUGCAGAGAUUUGCAGAUCAAGACUCUGUCCGCCCUCCUUUCUCCUAGGCUGAGCAGUUCGGGAACACUGGUUGUACAUGGCCCAGAGUCUACUGGAAAAACAGGCCUCCUCAAAUCUUACCUGGAGCACUCUGGCCUCAAGCAUGCUUUUAUUCCAUGUUCCGAAUGUAUUACGAGCCGUCAUUUCCUGGAGCGGACUGUGGCAGCUUGUGUGGAAGCGGUAGAAGUAGCGACCGACGUAUCGCUGAAUGGGAUCGUUCCCGCGAGGUGCGAGAAUCUCAGCACUCUGACAAGCUCUCUAGAACGUCUUUUCGAAGGCAUCGACAAGUUUGUGCUGGUCCUGGACGGCAUCGAUGAGCAAAGAGAGGCUCCUCCUACUCUAUUGCCAACUCUCGCACGUUUGGGUCAACUAAUCCCCUGCCUCAGCGUUGUGAUGAUUGUCACGUUUCCUCAUCCACGUCUCCUUCAUCUUCCGGGUGCCCCACAUAUCUACUUCUCGCCUUACACUCGUGAACAAGCCCUCCAGAUCGCUUGCUGCCAACCUCAACAGAUAUUCAAUGAGCCUCUAUCACCGUCUGCCAACUAUUCGGAAGACCUUGCCGCCGAAGAUGAUGCAUGGCUCUGGUCGCGGUUCUGCGCCGCUGUUUGGGAUUCGUUGGCGAGUGGUGCAGCUCGAGAUAUUGUCACCUUCAAGUCCAUCCUCGACAAACUCUGGCGUCCCUUCGUGCAACCCAUCGUUGAUGGUACAUAUGGUACUCGAGACUUCAGCAAACUCAUGGUAGCACAACGCAAACUCUUCCAAGCGGAAAGCUGUCUGCUGGAUUCGGUUAUCGAUGAGCCACAACAGGACACCAAGAUACUGACUGAUGACAACGUCUACUUCAUGAAAGCUGCAGAACGGAAACGACGCAGGAAAGGAGGCGGUGCCAUCGCUGGCCGCGAGUCGAAGAACCGCAAGAUCCCAAGACAUCUCCUCUCACCUAGCCCUUUCCCACUCGACAGGCUACUCGCCAUAGUCCACGCUGUAUUACCGCAUGAUCUCACACCAACGAUAGACAUCUACACACAAUUGGCAACCUUGUGUUCUUUAAGGUUGCUGCUGAGGACGGCAGUCAUUGGCGGUGAUGUACUUGAGCCAGGUGCUAAGUGGAAGGUCAACUUCGGCUGGGAGUACGCACUCAAGACCUUUUCCAUCCUACCCUCUCACAACCACAUCCUCUCGACCAUCUCGCGUGUCCACAACGUGACCAAAAUGCCUCCAGCAAAGGCCAGUGGAUUAUUUCACACCGAAGAGCCUCUUGAUCCAGAGGACAUUGCAGACAUUGAAGAGAUUCGUAAUGGCAGAGCAGUCCUCGAAUUCGUCAACGAGUACGAGUACAAAGGAGUACUUUUCGUCAAGAUCGCCAGAGACAUCAACUCUGCCAAGCGCCAGCAAGUCGAGUUUUCAGCAGUGGUUCUUGGUCAGAGCCAGGAAGAAGCUGGCAAAAUGGUGUUACUCAAGCGCCCUGGUACACUCUUCCAGACCGUUUACGGCAAAGAGCUCAAACAGAGUGGAGGUAUUGGUUUAGGCCAUGGUCACUGGUGCUCUGGUCUGCAGUUGAAGUGGGUGCCCAAUAGUACGACGUCCACCAAGGCCGCGUCUGGCCUCUUUGCCGAGAAGAAGCUGCAGGAUGCCAGAGUCGAGCUGGCCAGAAUCGAUGGUGUGCAGCGCCAACUAGACGUCGAGAACUCUCCCAAGAAAUGCCAGCAACAAGGACACAAGAAGACAAACAAGGCCAAGAAGGUCAAUGAAGCGGUCGAACAAGAGGAGUCUCCUGAAGUAGAUGACUGGCUCGACUACAGCAGCCACAUCGUUCGUAACUGCAAGUUCGAUAUCGAUAAGAGCAACAAGUUGAACGACAAGCAAAAGGCCAGAGUCAAGGCACUGAUGACAGACUACGUGGCCAAAGAGCCUUCUGCCUUCAAGAAACACAACCAUGAACUGGCCACGCUUCUGGAUAAGGCCUUUGUGGCUUCAUUCAGUGUCGAGAUCUUGCACGACUACGCCAAGGCGAGAGAAGUCAACCUUGACCUCUUCGGCCUUCAGACUUUUACCAGAUUCGCAGCCUGGUGGGAGACAGUUGACGUAAGAUCGCGCAGCCGUUCGCCUAGUCGUUCGCCUGGUCGUUCACCUGGCCGCUCGCCUAGUCGUUUGAACCGUCUUUCGCGCAGUCGUUUGUCUGGUCGGGCACAGAGUUUUUCGGCUGACACCAACUCUACGCCCAGCAAGGCGCCUUCUGGCAAGCACUUUAUGUGGGAGGUCACGAACUUUUUGGCCUCUUUCUUCCAGGGAGACUGA